UAAACGCUCAUCGAAGACAGCAAAGCCGUGCCCUAGACCUCUGCAACCGGUUGGCGGUGGUUGUGAUGGUUUACGUCCAACAUACGUCCCGGAUCGAAAGACGACUUGGAGGUUGCGCUGAAGUUUCGGCCAUCGAAGAUCCCAACUAGCCGCCGGGAGGCCGGUAAGCCGGCUUCACGUCGCAAGCCGGGAGUCGGCGCAAUGGAGGGUGUCGUCGCUGCGAUGUCAAGAAAGUACUCCUGGGCCAUCGGAGCUUUGUGUGUCAUUGGAAUGAUGCUGAUUGGACAGUCAACAGUGGAGGGUGCUAAGGGAGUCACUAUCCUGGACUGCAUCAGACAGGAGAUCCCGGCAACGGUUUCUCCAAAGUUCCAAGAGUGCGUAGACAACGUAACCAUUGGAAGCUUCUACAAAUUCAUGACCGGUUUGCAAUGCAUCCUGAGGCUCGCGAAUGCAAUUCGACCGGAUCGCUUUGUCGACACCGCGCUGCUGUUCUCGGCAGUUGGUGACUUCAAGGGUACCCGGUUCGAGCUUGCAGUCGACAAGUGCGCCUCGCCGCCCAUGCUGGCGAUCAAGUUUACCACCUGCCUUUUCACUCGCUUUCAGGAGGUUUGCAAGACUAGAGUGAAGAAACCAGGAUAGUCACUCCUGAAGAUCACUGCAGAGUGCACAGCGUUCGUCGUAGCGCACGCGCCUGAGAGGGAGAGGUUGGUGCGUGCAGCAGUCUACGCGACCUUCGUGAACCGCGGAGGUCCGCACGGCAGCCCUACGAGCACGUCGCACAGCACUGGAGACGCCUACACGUACAACGUGGAGGCACAGCACGCUAUCGUAUGCGUCGCUGCACGACAAACGCGAAACGCAUGCGCGUAAUGAUCACCUGGGCAAUCAUAUGACCAUAGAAUGUACCAAUAAGUAGCUUUAAAAUUUCCACUAAUUUUUGUUAUUAGCUUUUACCCGCAGGUUCCAGUGUGUUUUCGGGCAGCUAUCUUUUCGAAGCAUUGUCUGAUGUGUAGAACGGUUUUCAUGCGCAUGGUGCUUGUUAAUUUAUGGUUAUAUUGUAAAAACAAAAAAAAUCGUUUCAUCUUUUCACUGAUCGGCACGGCUUGUAGAAGGCACAUGUAGAUAUUUCUCCCCUUUUAGGACGUCUCUGUGUUUCGUUAAGGUGCAGAACAUAUAUGUCACUAAUUUGUGCCGAUGUUGACUGUGAGUGCAGGUGGAAGGGAAGCGUUGCAGAAGCGUUGAGCAGGCCGCACCUUCCAGGGGCGCGGAAUGUUGUUAAUUUCAAAUUGCAAUGUAAA